CCAGGUGUGGUGGCCUUCCAUCUGAUCGGAGCCGGCUUGUCUGCCGCCUCCAAGACAACCUUACUGAGCUAGCGGUAUGUCAAGCAUUUGUUCAAUGCUAUGCUGUUGUGCGGGAAAAGAUAAUGUGCCCAAUACAAGUGCUGAGCUCCUUCGAUGGCAGCAGCGGCGUAAUAAGGAAAUCGAGCGAGAAUUGCGGAAAGAAGCGGAACGUAGACGUAGACGCCAGAUGAUUCUCCUCCUUGGAACAGGGGAGAGCGGGAAAAGUACAUUUUUGAAGCAGAUGAAGAUUAUCAAUGGGAAGCGCUUCUCGGCCCAUGAAAUGGAGCAACUGCGAGAUAUUAUUUACGACAAUAUCUAUAAAGGAGUGUUGUUUCUGCUGCAGGCACGCGAAAACCUCGAUAUCCCGUGGGAAACGGGUGAUCAGUCACCUGCAGCUCAAGCAGCCGAACUGAUGGAAGAACAUUUUCGCGCCCAUCGCGCGGAGCAUCGUGAGCGAGUCCGACUUAAUACACCGGUGUGGAGUGAGGAAGAAUUCCUCCAACUGGUUCCAUCCAUUCAGGCUAUUUGGGCCGAUGGAUCCAUUCGAAAAGCCUUUGAUCAGCGUUCGAAAAUCAUCACAGAAAAUUUUAGCGAAAACACCCGAUACUAUCUCAAUCGGUUACACUAUAUCGGGAUUAAGGACUAUGUUCCAACCGACGAAGAUAUUGUAUGGUCACGAAAGCCAACGACCUCCAUCAUCGAGGAAGAGAUCGUUGUACACAAUGCCUCACUUGUCUUCGUAGACGUGGGCGGUCAGACCAAGGAACGUCGCAAAUGGUGUCAUUGCUUCUCGGACGUUACCUCCAUUCUCUUCCUCGUCGCAUGUAGUCAUUACGAUGAGCACUAUCAGGACAAGGUAACCAAGGAGUUCCGCAACAAGCUUCGUGAGGCUAUGAUUGUGUUUGAAGGUCUCAUCAAUCACGCCGCCUUCCGGCGCGUAUCCAUCAUCAUCUUUUUCAACAAGACCGACAUCUUGAAGGAAAAGGUUUCCAGUCGUCUGUCAAAUAUUCGUGAUGAGUUCCCCAAUUUCCCCGCUAAAUUCGAUCCAUUCAAGUUACAAGAUGUCCAGAAUUUCAUGGUUGAGGCAUUCGCUUCUUUGGUUAGUAGUAUGCCGGGUGCCGAAAGCCUGGCUGUUCCAAAUAUCGGUCGUGGUAGUCUAGGUGGAUCAUCGUUUUCCGGUACAAAAGAUGUGAAUGCCAGCGGCGUUCGACGUACUUCUGCACCUGCAACGGCUCACCCAAGCAUGUCGAUAGCCGCACAAAAUGUCGCUCCCAUGCCAGUAAGGAAACGUAUGCUCUAUCGCCAUUUCACCACGGCCGUGGAUCGUAGAAACAUUGAAACGGUGUUUCACGCUAUGCAAGACACUGUGCUUCAGAACAAUCUACGUCGAAUUAUGAUGGGUUAGAGUGAGGGUUCAUCCCGUGGAAACUUUUUACACACAGAUACCCUCCUCCUUCUUCCAAAGCCCUGAUUGUUUUCUGUACACAACUAUCCCGGUAUUUUCAACUUCGCCUAUCCAAGCAUCUGGUUUCUUUACCUCUCAUUCUUGUGCCAAAAAUUGCUUUGUUUUACCAGAAUCCUGCCGCAUCCUUUCACCGACAUUUGUAUGGAAUCGCAGGGCCCUUUCCUCCGCCAUUCCGUUGUUUUUUUUCGCUGUCCCAAACUUCUUGUCUUUCAUAUUCGAUGUCUACUUCUCCUGUUCAGCUGAUCCCUCGGCCAGAUCAUUCAAUCAUGCCUCCCUUACUUGCUUUUGUUUUUUUGUUAUUUUUCUUACUUCCAAUAUUGUGAACGAAAAAUGUGUCUAUUUGUCACAUGUUGCUUCCAUCCUCCUAUGUGUUGUUACUAGAUUGUUUCGCUUCAACCACCCUGACGCAAGUAACCGAGCGCAGGUUAUAAGCCUUUUUACAUCCGCCACAACAAUGUGAUGUACAAAGAAGUCCCGUUCCGCUUUUUCGCACAUCCACUGCACUAUCUGCAGCAUGUGGUUAUACUCCCGUGUCUUAUAUAAAGAUACUCGCACGCGUCAGUGAUUUUUCGCUUUCUUUCUCUUCCGUGUUUGUUUUUUUAUAGCCUAUUCGUGCACUUGCAUGCUCUUCUAGUACACUUAUACACCAGACAGAUUGGUUAUGACGCAA